CGGAUGUGUUGAAAUCUAGUUUGCUCAGAUUAAAUGGAGUUCAUGAACUUGAGUGUUUGACGACUCGGCAAAUUUAGUUAGAAACAAGGAAUCAGACAACAAUUUAUAGCCUUUUAAAAAGAAACUUCCCCCAGUUUGUUUACGUUUGUUUGUUGUUAGACUGAAAACUGCGGAUACUACGUCAACAGGUAUCCUGAAAAGUAAAAACACUACACUGAACCUCACUUUAAACUGUAACACUGAAUCACAACAUAAGCUGACUACGAGCUACUGCAAAAUGAAUCAUCUUGGGAGAUUAAAAUAAUUGCAAAAUAUAUAGCUGAGAUAAUUGCUGAAGACACAGAGACAUACGAAGAGAAAUACAGGAUAAUCAAAUCUGCAAAAAGUGCCUGACAUGAUAAGGAUCUUUUCUGCAAACCAGUUAACCAAAGCUUCAGUUCAUCUGGUGGUGGCACAAAUACAAGCUAGGUUCCACCUCAAGUCUAGGGCUGAAAAUCGGGCAGUCAGUGCGAAUGCUCAUGGACAGUGUGGAGGAUCUGCUUCAAACAAGCACUGGUGCUUAAGAAAAAUGUGGUGGGUGCUGUGGGUGCUUGCUGCCUUGCUUGCACUUUUUUGCAGUCUGGAUGUGUGGUACUUCUUACGGGUGGUGGUGGUGAUCGUCCGGGCCUGGUUGCAGCCUCCAGUCAAGGAUGUGACAGCAGAACAGAUCGUAACAGGCCGGGUCACCCCCCAUGACAUCGACAUGUGCCACAUGAACAAUGCUCGUUACCUCCGGGAGUGUGACUUUGCCCGCUUCUCUCUCUUCACCCGUAAUGGUGUGUUCAAGGCUUUGCGAGCCCUCAGAGCUUCAAUGGUAGUGGGGGCCACCACCAUCCGUUACCGAAGGGCUCUGUGCAUCGGUGAGGGUUAUGAGCUGCGGAGUCGGAUUGUCACUUGGGAUGACAAAGCCUUUUUCCUAGAGCAGAGAUUUGUCUCAACAAAAGAUGGUUUGGUGUGUGCCGUUAUGUACUGCAAGCAGAGUGUUAUACGGAGCAGCCCAGAGAAGAUCAUGCAGCACCUAUGCAAGCGUAAGGUGGAGAGCCCUGAGUUUCCAAAAGACCUUCAGCACUGGGUCAAUUUUAUCUCUGCCAGCAGCCUGGCCCUGAGGGCUGAGAGCGGAGUAGAGGAAAAGAACAAAUAAGGCAUUGCACGGACAGCUACUAAAAUUGCACCCAAGCUAUUAAAAUUGGCUUUUCGUAAGCCAACUAAUUUACCAACCUAGGAUUUAAAGUCUUCAGAGAGAGACAUUUGUCUUCUGUCCACAAUUACUUGACUUGAACACACUUGUGUCCACACUUUAAAAUACUAGCUUUACUUAGAUCUCAAUUUUUAUUUGGUUCAAACGUUGCAAGAACUAGCAGACCACAUUGUUUUGAGUGGCUGCAAACGGGGUUGAAGAAUCUUUACUUGCACAGUAAUAAAGUAAUGUACUUAAUUGUA